AUGAAUGAUGGGUUUGAAGUUGGGGGUGCUCAUAAUGAUGCUAAUCCUAUUGCUUUGGCCGAUGAUAGAGCCCAAGCAAUAAGAGAGUAUGCAGCCCCUAUGUUCAAUGAGCUUAAUCUGGGUAUUGUGAGACCCAAAAUCCAAGCACCUCACUUUGAGCUCAAGCCCAUCAUGUUUCAAAUGCUCCAAACGGUUGGUCAAUUUGGUGGGUCGCCAACGGAAGACCCUCACCUCCACAUUCACCCAUUUUUGGAGGUGAGUGACUCUUUCAAGCUACAAGGAGUAAGUGAAGAGGCUUUAAGAUUGAAGUUGUUCCCAUUUUCUUUGAGGGAUCGGGCUAGAGCAUGGCUUAAUACUCUUCCUCCCGAUUCGGUGACUAAUUGGAAUAACUUGGCUAAAAAAUUCUUGAGAAAGUACUUUCCUCCAACAAGAAAUGCAAAGUUUCGAAGUGAGAUCAUGUCCUUUCAACAAUUGGAAGAUGAGACUACUAGUGACGCAUGGGAAAGAUUCAAGGAGUUGUUGAGAAAGUGCCCACACCAUGGUAUUCCUCAUUGUAUCCAACUUGAGACAUUUUACAAUGGUCUCAAUGCGGCCUCUAGGAUGGUGUUGAACGCUUCCGCUAAUGGAGCCAUUCUUUCCAAGUCUUACAAUGAAGCUUUUGAGAUUUUGGAAAGGAUAGCUAGCAACAAUUAUCAAUGGUCAACUAAUAGAGCUCCUACAAGUGAAAAAGUAGCGAGUGUUCUUGAAGUAGAUGCUUUGACUGCUCAAAUGGCCUCAAUGACCAACAUUUUGAAGAACGUGAAUAUGGGAGGAAGUGUACAACCAGACGCUGCCAUUCAAAGGACAGAAAUUUCUUGUGUGUAUUGUGGUGAUGGGAAUACUUUUCAAAAUUUCCCUUCAAAUCCAGCUUCGAUUUGCUAUUUGGGUAACCAAAACUUCAACCGGAACAACAAUCCAUACUCAAACUCCUACAAUUCGGCAUGGAAGCAUCAUCUGAAUUUUUCAUGGGGAGGUCAAGGAGCAAGUUCAAGUGGAGUAGAAGCACAAGGAAAACAAUCAUUAUACAUUCAGGGGUGGAUAUGA